AUGCGUGCUUCAGAUGCACCAACUUCGGAUUCCCUCAACAACAACGACGAUAAAUAUAUUAGUGGUGAUUAUAGUGGUAGUGGCAGUGACAAUAGUGGUGGUGGUAAUGCAGAUGGUGGUGGCUGUGACGGUGUAAUGGAGGUAGCGAUGUUGGUGGUGGCAACCAAUGGUGGUGACAUUGGUGGUGGUGGUGACGGAGGUGGUAUUAGUAGUGGUGGUGGCAACGACAUUGGUGGCAGCGGCGGUGAUGGAGGUGGUAUUUAUGGUGGUGGUUGUGGUAGUAGCAAUGUCGGUGGUGAUGGUGGUGGUAGUGACAGUGGUGGGGUGUGA